AUGGAAAAAUUUUGUGAAAAACGAGCUCUAAAAUGGCUUCAAAUGAACAACAAUAACAAAGAUUCUAUAGAACCACGGAGGCUAUUUCUGCCACAAUUCGAAUUAAUUUAUUUGUGCAGCGGUUUUGGAUUAUUAAAUAAUUAUUGCUGUCCUUGGAUUGUUCGCCCAUUGUUAGAAUUUAUUGACAAAGAAUGGGAAGAGUUUAACAAAGGGGCUACAAUAUCCAAUAAAUGUGCUAAAGUUGAACAAUUGCUUUGGCUAUUUCUACGUGCGAUAUGUCUGGGAAAGCUGGGAGAGUUUCACGAGGCAUUUGGAAUAUUUCAAAAAAUAAUUCGGAGGUAAUUAAUUCUAAGUUGCUGACUCUCGUUAUAAGGGUGUCCUUAAGGCAAUUCUCGGGAAUUUUUCUAACUCCUACUGAAGGGUUUUAAGUUAAGCAAGAGUAGGGCAAUUAUUGGGAAUUAUGUCCCCUGUUGGAAUUAUGUCUCAACUAGAGUUGAUCGAAACGAUACUGGUAUCGGGCAACCUGAGACCAAGAUUGACCGAUACUCAAGAACCCGAUACCGAGACCGAUAUUGGAAAAAAAACCGAGAAUCUCGGUAUCGGUCUCGGUAUCGGUUUCGUCUUGAUCGAGUCUAGUUUCAGCUAUCCUUCCUAAGGAUGUUCAAUUUAAGCAAGGGACCAUGCUUCAGCGGAGGGCUUCAUUUCACUUAUAAGAUAUCUUUUUACUGUAAUUUUGAUAAAGUUUAGCUAUAACUGCUCAUUAAACGUGGGUAUAAUCAAAAUCAUGAGGGUAUCUACAUUG